AUGGAUCUGGAUGCAGAGACAUCUGCCAAUGCCAAUGCAUCAACGACUCCAUAUCCAAAAUCUACAAAAUCAGACAUCGAGGCACCGCCAGUUCAACCGACCGAAAAAGAGAAAAAUCCCAAUCUAGUGGACUGGGAUGGACCUGAUGAUCCCGAGAACCCAUUCAAUUGGCCCUCCUAUAAAAAAUGGCGCCAGCUGAUCUUCAUGGCGAUCAACACCUUUCUCACACCCCUCGCCUCUUCAAUGUUCACGCCAGGAGUAGCGGAUAUUCUAAAAGAAUUCGGCUCAAGCAGCACCAUGAUGGCCUCUUUCCUGGUCUCAAUCUAUGUCCUGGGUUAUGUCGUGGGACCAUUUAUAAUCGCUCCACUAUCUGAACUUUAUGGCCGUGUUCCACUUUACCAUACCUGCAAUGUCUUAUUACUCAUUUUCACGAUUGCAUGUGCUGUCGCGCAGAAUCUGCCCCAGUUACUAGUCUUUCGGCUGUUAGCCGGUAUUGCGGGUGUUUGCCCUCUUACGAUCGGAUCGGGGACAGUCGCUGAUAUGGUGUAUAAGGAGAAGAGAGCUGGUGUGAUGGCUAUCUGGGCUAUGGGGCCUUAUAUGGGACCUGUUGUUGGACCUGUUGCAGGUGGAUACCUCGUUAUGGCUGAAGGGUGGAGAUGGGUGUUCUGGGUACUUUCUAUUACGAUUGGUGUCAUUCUUAUCGGAACAGUGCUAUGCUACCGAGAAUCCUAUGCACCAGUCUUGCUCCGCCAAAAAGCUGAGCGUCUACGCAAAGAAACGGGUAAUCCUAAUCUACUCUCUAUCUACGAUCAUGGCGCCAGGCCACCUCGGGAUAUCUUUCUCUCUGCCCUCUUACGCCCUAUUAAGCUUCUAUUUACUUCGCCAAUUGUCUUUCUAAUGGCCCUCUUCGCCGCCAUAACAUACGGCUACCUCUACCUCUUGUUUACUACCAUGACCUCUGUCUUCGAAGACAAUUAUGGUUUCGACCAAGGUUUAGCAGGUCUCGCCUAUAUCGGCUUCGGGGUAGGCUGUGCAAUCGGUCUUCUCAUCGUCGGCCGAACAGUGAACCAAAUCGCUGCCCGACACUCCGCACAAGGAAGAUUCGCACCCGAGUCCCGUCUUCCCCCAAUGAUAUACGGCUGCUGGGCCAUUCCAAUAGGGCUGUUCUGGUAUGGCUGGUCUGCGAAAGAGCAGAUCCACUGGAUAAUGCCUAUAAUUGGCACGGGAAUCUUCGGCUUCGGUCUCGUGGCCGUUUUUGCGACCGUUAGUGCGUAUCUGGUUGAUUCGUACGUCCGAUUUGCAGCAUCAGUGACGGCAGCUAAUGUGUUUCUGCGGUCGUUGUUCGGUGCCGUACUACCGCUGGCUGGUCCAUCGAUGUAUGAUGCUCUUGGGUUGGGGUGGGGGAACUCACUUUUGGCAUUUAUAGCGCUGGUCAUGUGUUUUGUACCUCUUUUGUUUGCCAAGUAUGGGGCGAUGAUUCGAACACAUCCCAAAUUUCAACUUGAGCUUGAGUGA